CUGAAGGGAGAGCGGGAGCAUUCAAGGCUAAGCCACUGGCAGCUAAAUAAUACACCAUCUGGCGCAUUCACAUUAAUCCAACUUGCCGACUUCCGAUCUUCUCCAUCUUCACACAAAUUGUGUAGCCGAUGCCAACACAUCCUCACGUAACAAGAGGAUAAUCGCAUUCAGAUCACUCCAUACGCCAUACGCCAUACGCCAUACGCAAGCGAUACUCGUACAACUCGCUGCGCUCACCACCAUAAACUCUUGUCAUAUCCACCAUGGCGCGAAUACCUUGGUCUACCCAGAUUCGAAAUGCUCGAGAUACGGCUGAGCAGGUUUCCCUCUUGAGAACGCUGAAGAAUGAAUUUGUUGGCCACCCAUUGAAAAAAGAAGCAGCUGUGGCAGCAGGAGUACUGGAGCCCGUCGUCCGCUUGACGUUCAACAAGACUGGCAGCAGAAGUAAUGGGAAAUCCCACGACCAAACCUCAACUCCCACCUCGAUAUCUCAGCCACUGAGCGAGGAGGAGGCUGUUCGGUUCCAAGGACUGCAGGUCCUUGCCAGUCUUGCGCUGGGUGAGGAUAUCCGGAGCUCCCAGUGGCAUUACUUGGUAUAACAUGAUGCUAAUAGCUUCUUAGGAGGUCCUGCUUUCCUUCCCCCAUUACAUGCUGCUUCGGUUUUACCUACGAUCCUGUCGAACCUCUGUCCUUCGAAUAACCCAGCACAGCUUGUCCUAGCUUCCCUUCGUGUCAUUUCGAAUCUUGCAGACUCGUCAGCCUUGUCAUGCAAUGCAUACGCCAUAAACACAAGUGUUAUUGCGAACUCGCUCUUUACCCGCCGAAACGUCUCCUUCCUAGCGCAUAUAAUAUCCCAGGUGUCUGCAUCUUCGACGGUCCACUGCCAGAUAUCUCUUGCGUCCUCCAUAAUAGGAAGGAUAUGCCGUGAGGAACGUCAUCAGCAAAUACUGGCAAUUUCGGGGGUUCUGGAUGCCCUAGCUACGAAAUAUGCUGGAUUUGUUGUCGCAGAAGGAUUGGUUAUACCCGGCGCGGAAAUCUUGGCUCAAAGAGACGGACUGCGAGAAUAUAUUCCCCCACCUACACCCCGUACCGUGGGCCUAGCGGUAAUACUAGAAGCAAUCGCGACGAUCAUUGCAAACUCCAAGUUCAGAGCCUCGCAGCUGUUAUACUCCCCUUCUAUUCUUGCGGUCUUGCCAACCACUCAGUCCCCAGAGUUCGUGGCUUCCCAAUCUGUGCGCGCUGCUUGGAACGCUUUUAAUGUUGCCGGUUUAAGUGGCCGCCAGAGUCAACUUAAUGCCGUGGACUACCUUCUGCCCUAUGUGCCCCUUCAUCAAUUCAAGUCUUCUACUUCUCAAGUGUCUGCCUUCCCUCCACUUGGAUCGUUCAGCUCAAGAGAACCGCUAGUCCCCACUGGGCGAUCAAUAACCAAAUUUCCCGGGGCAAGCAUUGCCAAUUGGGGCGGUUCUAGUGGGAUUGAAUCAGGAACAGCAUUUGAAGACCUAUCUCCAAUAGAUUCCGAAGAAUUGGAAAGUCCCCUCAUACCAAACCUGAUAUUGACCAUUAGGAAUAAACGAGGAAUGGAACGCUUGAUGGCUGCUUCGGUUUUGACUGUUCUCUAUAGAGCUGGUUUGGCAAACAAGACCAGGGAGACAUAUAUUGGUCUUUUGGUCAUUCCUCUCCUAGUACAGAUGCUUGACGAUAGUAUUGGACCAACCAAAGGUAAGGACAUUUUCGCUGAUGAGGAGGCGCAAAAUAUGGAUCGAGCGAUCAAAGAAAGAGCACCUGCUGUUCUCUCCAUGCUUAUCACCGACAGCAAAUAUCUGCAAAAGGCCGCCUUUGAUGCAGGUGUCGUUGGUAAGCUUGCUAAGAUGCUGAAAGUGUCCUAUGAUCCUGUUGUUGACAUCCCCAAUACACAUGCUUGGUCUCCGCGCAGCAAUGAUGAGAUGAUAUAUGAAACAUCAGAUGCGGAUCUUCGCGGUUACUCUCCCUUCUUAUUCCACAAGAUCAAAAUCAGGGAGAGCACGUUAAAAGCUAUAGCCGCACUCGUGCCCUUCAAAGACGAAUAUCGCAAGGCAAUCGUUGAACAGGGUACGAUACCAUAUAUUGUCGUAUCAUUGAGCUCGAAGCCGGGCAAACCUUCGCCUAAAGGCACGGAGAACGGCGACAAAACAUCAGAUGACUCGGCCGAUAACAAGAAACAAGCUUACGGAAUCAAUACUGUUGAUGUUUUGAUUGCAGCUUGCGGUGCUAUCAGAGCGUUGUCUCGUUCUGUUGGUAUUCUCAGAACGACUUUGAUAGAUAGCGGGGUUGCGAUGCCAGUAUUCCGCCUUCUUCAACAUCCUGACAUCGAGGUUCAAACUGCAGCUACAGCAACUGUCUGCAAUUUGGUGACCGAUGUCAGUCCAAUGCGCAUGGUGAGUAAGAAAUACCGAUGUCUGUGGGACAACACUAAUCCGUUUGACAGGUCAUCGCCGAUGCAGGUGUUUUGAAGAUACUGUGUGCGCAUGCACAUUCUAUGAAUGCGAAAUUACGUUUGAAUGCAGUCUGGGCUCUGAAGCAUUUUGUUCAUUCUGUGCCUAAUGACGACAAGAUGAAAUGUCUGGAAGAGCUUGGGCAAGGCUGGCUUGUCAGACUCAUUUGUGAUGAUACAGAGGAUGAAGCGUUGUCGUCGUUGAGGGGAAAGGGGGAAAUGUUCGACGGAGUCGAUGAUGAUAUUGACAUGGAUAUCGAGGAAGUCAUGAGUCCUGGAUUCAUAGCCUCCUGUCGUCCUAGUCCGCCAAGAAGCAAUCGAAGCAAGUCCAUUCAACAGGCAGAGCUUCGACUCGCUGCAUUGCGAGAAGCGGAAACCAAUCCAGCCAAGCGAGCCAGGAAAGAUGAUGUUGCGGUUCAAGAGCAAGGUCUUGAUUUCAUACGAAAUCUCAUUGGGGGAGCUGGUCAAGGCAGUACGUCAGAGACAACGGAUAUGAUAGACUACCUAUUUGCUGCUCUGGGACAGGACAGAGUCUUCGAAAUUCUGGCCUCCAAACUCCGACCGAAGGUCAUCCACCUAUUUGGUCGGAGAGGCUCUAACUCAGAAGCACGAGUCGUUCCUCCGCAGUCUGAAAUCAUCAUUGCGGUUGGAUACAUCCUCGUCCACAUGGCCGCGAGUAUUCCUCGUCAUCGACAGCUGGUGAUUGCGCAGACGGACCUACUCAAGCUCCUGGUUCCACAAUUCAGUCAUGAGAGUUGUGAUGUAAGACUAGCGCUUUGUUGGUUGGUUACGAACCUUACUUGGAUGGAUGAUGCUAGUGAUGCGCAUGCUUGUGCACAGCGGGCGAACGAAUUGAAGAAGUUGGGCUUCUUGGCUAAAUUGGAGAUGCUGGAGCAUGAUCCGGAGUUGAAUGUAAGAGAGAGGUCGAAGUCUGCGGCUUGGCAGAUGAAACAGAAGUAUUAGGCACGGAAAUUGGGCUAGGGG